CUCCGCUUCCCGCGUGGCUGAUAUCGGAAGAGUGAUGUGAACACAAUGCGAUUCCAGGAACCCCUCGCUUCCUGGAACAGAUUAAAAGGGGCACACAAAAGAUUAGCGAGGAGGCUUCUUCUCUUUUUCUCCCCGCCGAGCCUCUCCACUCGGGCAGACAGGGCCAACGCAGGGCGCUGCGCUCCCGCUCUCCUCCCCCCUGCACCCUUAUUUAUUGCUACCUAUUUAUUGCUAUUUCAGAGCGCUCUGGAUGGUUUUUUUCUACCGGAUUGCUCUGAAGGAAGAUCAGUUCCGCUUUAAACACGUGUAAUUUCCCUUUUCUCUGGGUAAUUUUUUUAAACUUUUUUUUGUUGUCCUUCGCUGGAAAGCAGAACAAGAACGCUUCAUUUUCUGAAGCACAGCGGGAGAGGGCACACAUCUUCCCGGCUGAAGUUGCUGAACGCGCUGUGAAGCCUCUCUCGGACAGCCCGAUCCGCUUUCGGCUUGGCUUUUUCUGUGUCUUCAGUGGAAGGGGUUUGCUGGGGCUCUCCAGCCUUCUCUGACUGUGAGCCCCUAACCAGAGGCUGGGACUAGCUUGCUCCGGCACGGAAGCAAAGAAAAAGGAGACAAGAAGAGAAAAAGGAGAAAGCAUUUCCCACCUUCUUGAAGACUUAAUGCUUUUCCCUUGGUCCAGGAGUGACAUGAUCCUCUGUGUUCAGGGACCUCAUCCUUUGCUGGCGGAGGAAAAGAUCAGGAGACUCUCACUCAGGGGCCUUGCGGUGGAACUGUCAGAGCCCAUCAUGCAGCCUCUCCCAGUUAUGGCCUUCCAGGAGGAGUCUGCACCUGCCUUUGCAGCCCCAGUUCCAGAGAGCAACCCACCUCAGAUCCGAGACCCUGAAGAAGACCUUCUCUGUAUUGCAAAAACCUUCUCCUACCUUCGAGAAUCUGGUUGGUACUGGGGAUCUAUCACUGCCAGUGAGGCUAAGCAGCAUCUCCAAAAGAUGCCUGAGGGCACCUUCCUGGUACGGGACAGCACCCACCCCAGCUACCUGUUCACACUCUCUGUCAAGACAAACCGAGGUCCCACGAACGUGCGCAUCGAAUACACUGACAGCAAGUUUCGGCUAGACUCCAACUACUUGUCCAAACCUCGCAUCCUGGCCUUCCCAGAUGUGGUCAGUCUUAUCCAGCACUAUGUCAUGUCCUGCACAACAGAAAGCAAGAACGAGGCUCCUUACCCGCCUCCGUCUCCUCUACCUCCCCUGCAGAAAGAGAUGGCAGCAGCUGCAGUACACUUGAAACUCAUCCGGCCGCUCGGCCGCAAAGACAACAUCCCCACUCUCCAGCACCUCUGCCGGCUGCGGAUUAACAAGGCUACAGCCGAUGUGGACCAGCUCCCUCUGCCCAGGAGGAUGGGGGACUAUUUGAAGCAAUACCCUUUCCAACUCUGAAGCAUGGCCAUUACAUCUCAGGCAUGACAGGGACAAAAUAAGAGAACUUUGUGUCUUUGUCCCGCUGAAGCACGACAUCAGGUGGGCACAGUAAAGACCUGAUUAUCAGCAGAGACUGCAUCAAUCUUUCCUCUCCCUUUCUUUCUAUAUCCAUUCCAGCACCAGGGAGGAGUUGGUUGUUUCAGUGAACAAUGGGACACAAUCUGAGCUCUGAACCUCAGGCCGUGCUGGCAGUGGCUGUGAGAAAGUGCUGUAGGCAUGGUCACACUACUUGAAUUUCAGAGCUGCUGUGACACCGGCAAUGUUAACAUUGUUAUUUUCACUAUUUAUUUCCACGGCAGUUUCUCUCCUCAUAGUAUUUUAAAAGCACCUUUUACUUUAUUAUUUUUUGUUUCUUUUUCUUUUGUGGAGUUACAGAUAGAAGAAAGUCCCCCAGCCAAAUGACAGCCAGAAAUCUGUGGGAAUUUGGAUUCGCAUUCAAACAGUACCUGCUUGAACCUGUCCCUGUAACAGGUCACAGGAGUCCAUUCAAGUUCCCCCAGACUUCUGGGGUAUGUGGGACUCAGACCCACCUCUGCAGAGGUAAAGAGUACUUUUUCUUUCCCCUUCCUUAGCUCCAUGCGACUGGGUACCAUAACCUCAAAGCACACUGGUAGCUCCCAGAGAUGUGUUCUGCAUCAUAGGAUGUGGACAAGAGACUUCGCCAAGGAAGCCCUUCUUCCUUGACAGCUCUAAGCAGAGAUUCUCAAUAUUGAGCUUGAGCCAGGGAGCACUCAUCCCAUUUAUUUUUCCUUCCAUCUUCUCUGUGUCCAUGACAAAACCUUUAGACACAAGUAAUCAGACCCCCAACUUUCUUAUUUGCAGGCUGGUUUCAGAGCACUCUGCAUUUGGCUUGUGUUUUUAAGCGCUGUUUCCUGACAUUACCCUUGCCUCGCAAGCAAGUGGGGGGGUUCAGAGACAGCUCUGCUGAGCUGCACCCGUGACACACAGCUUCAGGAUAUUUAUUUAUUUAUUGGGGGGGUUCCAAGUUAGAAGCACCUCAGCAGAAAGAGCUGUCCUUCCCCUCUGCUAACACAACGCCAGACUGCAGUUGCUCUGCCUCUGCCAGCAUUAUUGAGGAAGCACGCAGCUUCAAUCAGAGCAAGGCUCUAGCACACACUGGAAAUCACAGUUCAGCGUUUCUGUUUGCCUAGCUCCAGACCUCUCCUCUCCCUUUCUCUGACCUUCAUGUUGGAUAUCCUUCACUGGAUUCUUUGCUUUGGGUUUACUUCUCACACCCCUGCAAACGAAGCACAAUGGCUUUCCCUUGCUCUUUGGUGGGUAGGAGGGACAAACAGCAGAUGGGGUCUGCCCCAAACUAAGCAUAGACAGAAGUUGCCCCCUCCUAUUAACUUGCUUGAUCCAGUCGCCUUCCCAGCCUGUAGGAGCCAGUCCACACCAUCAAGUGAGAGCACAGAAGGGAACAGAAAAGGUCUGCAGCAGCUAUUUUUCAGCUUCUUUUGCCUCUUAGACCCUGUAACUUGACUGUGCUUGAACCAAUGGGACUGUCUCUCUGAGGCUCUGUAAAUUAGAAUAGGCAAACCCCAGCUACACCUGAGGGCUGGAAGAGGAGGUGGAAAAGGAUGGGAUAGUGACCCAGGAGACAAGCUCCAAAAACGGGUGGAGUUUUUUCACCCUAUCUUAAAGCUGCCCAAAGGGACAAGAUGGCCUGAUGUGCUCAGUCACUGUCCUUGGUUUUUUUCACCACAUUUAUAUAAGUUUGUGCUCUUGCAAGCUUUGGUUUUGACACUUUGAUGAUUGACAGCGUGCACGUGUGAUGUCAGAUUUGCUUUGUAUUACGUCCUUCCCCCUUGCCCCAUAUGGCAGUAACCGUGGGAAGGUACCAAAUGAGAAGGAAAACUUAGGAGACAACAAAAAAGUGUUUUGGUUUGGUUUUUUAAUGAUAUAAACCAUAAACCACUGAAAAGGCUUCCUUUUAUCCUGACACCUCUGUCUGCCUGAGGACACUGGGAACAAGGGAACCACAGCUCUUGAAGGAGCAGCAGUGAUCUCAGGAAGCCCACAUGGCUCAGCCACAGGCUUGGUAUCUACAGCAAUCAGUUUGAGAAAGGGCGAGUUGGUCACCUCUGAGACUUGCCUCCUAUUCAGUCUGUUCUCUGUUGGGGUAAGGAGGAAAUCAAGCUUGCAGGUUUGACCACAUUGCCCCAGGAAAGCCCAGCUAAAAUGGGAGAAGCAUGUGAGGAGAAUGAAUGCGUGUUCCACCCCCAGCAGGACGAUGCAAAGGCUGAGCUGAAGGCUGUAAGCUCACAUGGGCAGGGACCAUCUCUGUUGUAUGUUUGUUCCGCAUCUAGCACAAUAGGGUUCUCUAGGUGCUACUGCAAUACCAAGAAUAAACUAUACAGUUACUCCAAAACCUCAGUUUCUUCUAUCUUGAGACAGUUUGUUAAAAACCAUUUGACUUGGAUUUUAAAUAAACGUUUUAAAGAUCUUUUGAAGCCA